AUGCCUGGCAGUCAAGUUUUACGGUCCCUAAGACUGCUGUCGCGCAGCUCAGGAGGCCUCCUGUCUGGAUCAGAGAAUGUCACGCGACGAACCCUUACUCGAUCCAUGGCCACCGAGGCUCAAGCCAAUGCCUCCACAAAUCCCGAUCUUGCCAGUCCCUCGGUCGCUCCUUGGGAUCGCCCCGUCUCAGUCAUGACCUAUAACUUCCCUUCUAUGGAACCCGCUCGUUUGACCGAAUACUCUCAAAAACACCUUCAGAUGCCCAUGCGGAAAGAUCUUCUUCACCGUGCAAUUGUGUACGAGGGUGAUAUGACUCGCCAGGGUACCGCCAGUACCAAGUGGAGGGACGACGUGCACGGUAGUUUCAAGAAACUCAUCAAGCAGAAGGGAUCCGGUCGGGCUCGUGUGGGUGACAAGAAGUCGCCAAUUCGAAGGGGUGGUGGUGUUGCUUUUGGUCCUCAUCCUCGCGAUUUCUCGACCGACCUCCCCGCAAAGGUUUACGACAAAGCCUGGCGCACAGCUCUCAGCUACCGCUACUCCCGCGGAGAAUUGAUCGUGAUCGAUAACACAAUCUCUCUUCCCGCGGAAUCAACACCCUUUUUAAUGGAGAGGAUCCUCAAGGCGAACGGUUGGAGUACCAAGCAAGGACGCUCAACAUUUAUUACUGAGAAGGUCGACGAAGAAUUGUUUGACAAGGUGUCGAAGUUGCAGCGCUAUGCGAACAUUAUGGACCGCAGUGAUGUCGAUGUCAAGAAUCUGCUGGAGACCUCGCGAUUGAUCAUUGAGAAGACGGCAUUGGACAAGAUGCUGAAGGAGCAUUCAUUGGAUUUGAUCAGUCGUCCAGCGAAGGCCCUAUACCUGUGA